AUGGCCGAGAGUUCAGAUAAAGUGCCCAUCGCUUUAGCGGGACCCGAGGACCUGCAACAGUUUAUGCCACCUGCAUACACUGCCGUGGCAGUUAAACCGGUGGCCACCGGCCGCCUGCUGAAGUCCGGGAUUGUGGUUUUGAUCGCCGGGGCAAUACUGCUGCUGUUCGGGGCUAUCGGAGCUUUUUACUUCUGGAAUAAUAACGACAAACAUGUCUACAACGUCCACUACAGCAUGAGUAUAAAUGGUAAGGUGGAGGAGGGCUCUAUGGAGAUUGAUGCUACCAACAACAUGGAGAGGUUCCGCACUGGGAGUGGAAACGAGGAGGCAGUGGAGGUCCACGACUUCCAGAUUGGUAUAACUGGUAUCCGUUUUGCUGGAGGAGAGAAGUGUUACAUUAAGACCCAGGUCAAAGCUCAUCUGCCUGACGUGGAAACACUCAACAAAGACUCUCUUCUGUUCGACCUGGAGGAUGAGGUGAUGCCUGCUAAGUUUGAGGAGGACUCUCUGAUCUGGGUGGCGGCUGACAUGCCCCUCUCUGACCCCACCUUCCUCAGCUCCAAGAUCCGCGAUUUGUGUGGAGACCUGCCAAUCUUCUGGCUCCGCCCUACCUACUCCAACGGUGGACAGAGGAAGAGGAGGGCAGUCCCUCGGCAGCGCCGCCAGGCACCCGGGGCAGAGGAGGAAGUGGAUCCGGAAGCAGAAUUUAACCCUGAGAAUCCCUAUCAUCGUGGUCUGGAGGGCGAGGAGGGAACAAUGACCUUUGAUCCCAUGCUGGACCACCAGGGCGUGUGCUGUACGGAGUGCCGGAGGAGCCACACCCAGUGCCAGAGGAUCUGUGAGCCCCUGGGCGGGUUCCAACCCUGGCCCUACCACUACCGCGGGUGCAGGGUGGCCUGCAGAGUCAUCAUGCCCUGCCGCUGGUGGGUGGGACGCAUCCUGGGCAUCCUCUAA